AUGAAGCCAAGAAGGAUAUCUGACGAUGUAGAUGGUGACAGUUCUGUUAUGAAGACGUGUUGUUGCUGUAUGGACGUACGACUUGGUACAAUUGUGCUUGGAUUUUGUCAUCUGGUGAGCUGGCGGAACAUAUAUAAGUUUAAAUGUUUAAAACGCUCGCUGCGUGUCUUGCUUCGCCGAUACAGUGUUUUGGUUUGCGACAUACUGUCAUUCAAGGGUUUGAAAAAGGAAAUACAUAACUGGCCUUCUUUUAUCCCCGAUCGUUAUAUCGUUGUUAGUGUUAAAUAGGGUUCGUCGCGGGACCUCUCCCAAUCACGCAUAUUCGCUCGAAUUCGAUACGCUUUAAUUAUUACAGUGAUAUGGUUUAUAUGUUUUGUCGCUAUUAUUUUAAGUCUUAAGUUCUUCUGACAAUUAUUAAUACUAAUUCGAGUGAAAUUUUUCAAUUUUGUGCCUAACCAUUCCUUGACUGCCAAAGAAACUUUAAGCUUCCCUUAAUAUAAAACCGAAAGUGAAAUCAAGAACCUUCCGGAAGCUAAUUGCUGAGCGUAUAAAUAAUUAGAGUUAAAUUUCUACUUAGCCUGGAUAAAACUUUUCUGUUGAAUUUUUGUUGUCCUUAUAUUGAGGGUUGUUCUUAAAAGUUAAAACCAAACUUCAAAGCUAAGAUGCACUGAAUCGGAGGAGGUGUUCGUGUAGGCAGAAUGAAUUAAUUUAUCAUUAUUUUUCUGGUGUCACAUAAUAAUCGAUUUGUUCAAAGUUUAUUGUGUAAAAGAAAAUUAAGAAACUACCCAAACCAAAUGUAUUGUUGUGUCUAUUUGAUAUGCCUUAUUAGCAAAAGAGAUGUCACAAGAAAUGUGACAUACAUUUCAUCCAGUUAAAAAAGGUAUUAGAUCUGCUUAAAAAAUUUAUUUCUCAAAUAAUAAAGAAUUUUGCCAAAUAAAAAUUACAAGGGUCUAUCAAGCGUGAGCUGAGUUUUCAGAAAAUUGAUAUCCGAGCUGUCAAUUUUCACACUUAAGGUGUGAUUUCCGAUUUAUAUGGUAGGCUCAAGACUUCAAUAAUAGUUAUUGAUUAUUUCAUAUUUCUGGCUUUACCUUGAUAACUUACUAUAGUCUGCUACACAGCCGUUUUUAGUGUCGUCACACAACGCUCCUCCCCACUAACGGCUGCUGAAAACCGAACUACAUUCCUUUCCCGUGAUUAGCCAAUUAUAAUUCAGCACCCAUUUUCUGGAAAGUGUUUGCGCCACAUUUGCAGUACUGUGACUCCUCCAAUCACAGCUUUGCUUUUAUCGGUGCCUUAUGUGUGAAUGGCAGAAUAAUCAAAACGUCGCAUGAAAACAAGCAAUUAACUAGAGUAGUGUUGUCGUAGUCGAGUCCUAUUUAAAAUUUAGGAGAUAAGCACCAGCAGCAAGCAAGUCGAGCAAAUUGCGCUGCACAACAUGGAUGUGCUCAUUAAGUUGCCAGGUAUAGUUCGGGAAAUCGCUCAUCGAUAAUUUAAAAGAUUACUUUUUGAAUCAGUACCCUUGAGAGUUUAGUAUUCAGAGGAACACAAUGAGCACAUCCUGCACAUUUCAAUUCUUCAUCACAUAUCAGUACAUAUGCACGUUAAAUGAAGAACCAACCGAUCCUGGUAAAAGUCUUCUAGGCCUAUCAAACCUUUCUUUCACUUGGAACUUUCUUGACCGCUUAAAACAAACUUUUUUGCAAAUUAACCUUUUCGUUGUUUGAAAACACAGAGCCCGUCUAAAUUCAGCGACGAUUGAUUGAUCUGUCGAAAACUGAGAAGGGUGCUCGCUUCCUAGGGCCCCGCAGCUCACGUAUUGUCAAACUUCUUGUGCAUGAUUGGCUUGUUCGUUAGACCACAAAUGCAAAGGGAAAGGAAUGUAGUUCGGUUUUCAGCAGCCAUUUGUGGGGAGGAGCAUUGCGUGACGACACUAAAAACGGCUGUGUAGCAGACUAUGAUAACUAGGGAUUGAGUUCAGGUUAUGAGCACAUUCCAAUAAGCGAUUUUAUAUGCGUGAUCAAUUUUCGACUUUAUAGCAGUUCUAAUACCUUACUUGUUAUUUAUUUUCCACUGUUUUUAUUAUUGCAGUAUAAUUGACCACUCCAGAAAAUUCCAUAACAUACCAUAAUGCUUUUUGUUUGUCACCCCAAAAUUUUGCAUACGCAUUGUCUUCACUUUUUCUUGGGAGUUAAAAUGGCCCCAAGAGAAACUGAAGACAAUGCUUAUGCAAAAUUUUGGGGUGACAAACAAAGAGCAUUAUGGUAAGUUGUGGUAUUUCCUGGAGUGGUCAAUUAUGUCUUAUUAUGUUUUCGAGAAUUUUAAGAAACAAAGUUGAAAGUUCUUUUGACAUGGCUGCUUUCACGAUGGGAUUUUUUUCCACUUGGGUUAUUUGACAAGUGUGUAAUAAAAUAAGUGAAAUCUACAGCUAGUCGGUAGUGUUCAUGCAGUUGUAAGUUGAUUGAAAACAAUAAAUUAAGCAAUUUUAUUGUAAACAGUAAGAGGAACAUUUUCAGUUGUUACACAUUUGAAGUCUUUGUGCCUAAAAACAUUUACACAGUGAACCAUGCUCUUUGCUAUUUUCACUGUAGUGUUUGUUAAAUUUGUGGGAUUUUUUUUGUUUUGCCUCAUUUUCAAUGGCUGCUUGAUGGUUGAUUGUUUAAGUAUAAUGUUUUGAUUGGGAAAGUGAGCUCAAAUUUGGUUUGAUAUAUAUUAUAGAUAGAUAGCGAAGAAAAAGUACAGUAUAUGAGGAAGCAUAGAUGGCGAUCAGUAUUGUUGUUAAUUUUCUCUUUUUUGUGUAGCUAAUCCACAUUGCUGGUGUGGUGGUGUUGACACAGAUGCUACUUCAUCCAGAACUUUAUGAAGAGAGGUAUUUUGAAACUUAUGGAACAACUCCAAGGUCAGGUGAGUGAAUGAGUGGCCGCAGGGAUCUGUUGCAGAAUUUGUUUGGGGGCCAUGGAAACUUGAAAACUACUUGAUUCCUUUACACAAAAAAAUUGAGUUAACUCUUUUCUUCCUCAUCUAUUGCAGAGAAAUAGUGUGGUUCAUGUCAAAAACUUGCAUGAAAACAUACACAUAAAAAAUAGUUGCCAGGCAAGUGCUUGCAAGGCUGCUGCCAAACGUGCAAGAGGCACCUAUGAUGUGCCUGUGGGCAACCAAAAUUUCAAACAAGAGCCUGAAUGGGUGCCUAAAACUUAUAAUUCUCAGGCCAACUUGUGGUGAAUGAGGGAUAAGAUUCCCCUGCUCAUACUACACUGUUGAAACGAAAACUUAAAAUGUAUGGUCGUUGGCCGUAGGCAAAAAAAUGUUUCUGCCAAUAAAAGGUAAAAAAAAACAAGCAAUUGUCUGAAAUUUGCUUCUGUGACUUUGGCUUCAGUGCAGUUGAAGUCUCUCAUCUAAAAAUGACGUUAAAAAAACCUUCAAUAUUAAAUAAUGACUUUUUUCCUAGGGUUAGAAACAUUAAGUUGAUAUUCCAUGUAGUUAAACCAAUAAAAAGUUGCGAUGCAUGGAAAUGCAAGUGAUUUAAAAUUACACGUGACAUACAGUACCUAUGUAAAGUUUACUUUUGCAAGUUUGUAGUGUUUUCUAUCUCGCAAUGAACACAAAUGGUAAACUUGGAGAUUGAACUUGGUGAAUUCUACGGUACGAGAUCUUCCCGUGGGUAUUCCCCAAGGUUCAGUUCUGGGACCUAUACUCUACCUUCUGUAUACUGCGCCACUUGCUAAAGUGAUAAGAUCUUAUGGCUUAGAUUAUCAUCUAUACGCCGACAAUACUCAGUUAUACUUUGCAUUCAAAUUGGUGGAUGUGGACGCGGCUAAAUCGAGGGUCGAGAACUGCAUUUCUGCAAUAUGUCGAUGGAUGGAUCUCAAUGAAUUGAAGCUAAACCACAACAAGACGGAAGUCAUUCUCAUCCACUCAAAGUAUUGUCCCUCUCCAUCCUUUCAGUCCUUAUGUUUUGGUGAUGAGAGCGUGGCUGCCUCUCAGUCGGCUAGGAGUCUUGGUGUUGUCUUUGAUGAGCACAUUUCUUUUCAUGCACAUGUGUCUAGCAUCUGCAGAUCAUCAUUUUAUUAUUUCAGGAACCUAUUUAGAAUUAGGAAGUAUUUCACUAAAGAAUCAGCAGAAGUUGCUGUUCAUGUAUUUGUCACAUCGAAACUAGAUUACUGUAAUGCAUUACUAUACGGCCUACCUAAGUAUCAGUUACAAAGAUUGCAGUAUGUACAAAACACGGUGGCUAGAGUUGUGUUGCAAGUGAGUAAGUUUCAGCAUAUCACACCUGUUUUGUGUGAGCUUCACUGGCUACCGAUUCAAUAUCGUAUUAUUUUCAAGAUUCUGCUCCUCGUGUAUAAAUCACUGAAUGGGACAUCGCCUAGCUAUUUAGCUCAGAAACUACAUUAUCGUUCUCAUACUAGAUCAUUGAGGUCUGUUAGUAAUGAACUUUUAAUGCAACCUAGAUUGUAUACCAAGACCUACGGAGAUAGAACAUUCGCUUUUCAUGCAUCAAGAGAAUGGAACUUAGUACCUUAUGAAGUUCGGAAGUCCAACACCAUCUUGAGUUUUAAAAGAUCACUUAAGACGUACUUGUUUACUAAAUUCAGUAAUAACGGAUCAUUUUUUUUACAGAUUUGUAUAUAUUGCGUUAGUUUUAAUUUUUCCCUUUUUUUAUCAUUAUGAAUGAAAUGGUUUAAUAGUUGCUUUAGUUUUAAUUUUUUCCUUUUCUACUCAUUGUAAAUAUAAUAGGAUAUGGUUGUAAAUUUGUAAAUAUUUUUCAAUAAUGUUGUUUACAUGACUGUAAAGCGCCUUGAACAUAGGAUAAGAGUGCUAUAGAAAUAAAGUUAUUAUUAUUAUUAUUAUUAUAUUCUUUUAUCAUUUAUUCAGUGUUAUGUAGGCCUCUCUUUUUUUGCUGUACAUUUUGUAGUAAUUUUUGAAAGGCUUGCAAACACAUUACAGGUUUUGAAAAUGAUUCAUGGCUAUUCAAAAAUAACAGUUUUGAGAGAAAUAACAAGAAACAUUCGCACAUUAAACGGGUGUGUAAACUUUUUAGGUGAUGACAAAGGACCAAGGGAAGAUCUUUUUUCUUAAAUUUUGGAAUUACCAUAAAAUUCCAAAAAUAAGCCCCUCGAAAGAGCCCUCUAAACUCGUAACACAGAAAACCCUCCAUUUAAUCGCCUCUCUGAAUAUAAGGCCCUGGGGGCUUGUACUUGGAAAUUGCCCUCAAAUACAGAGUAAAACAAAACAAAAACGGUACAUUUCCUUCCAACUAUAAGCUAGCCCAAUGAAUUUUGAAACGCAAAUUUCCCUCCAUGCAUAAGCCCCUCCAAAUACUUAUUGAAUACUUUGUUUACACACCAUCAUGUAAUAUUUAUUUACACAAGCUUCCUUCUGUUUUAGAUUUUACAUUAGUUAAAAAAGGCAUGGAUUGCUAUUGAAAGUCAACUAGUAAACUGACAACUCCUGCUAUUUACAUGAGACAAAAUGCUGUUCAUCAUUUUUAACGGAUUAACGUACCGGAUCAAAUUGCUCAAAACAAUAGCCUUUUGUCCCAGGUGUUGCUACCGAAACUAUGCACAAACAGUCUGUGUAUAAUCGUUUAAUUUCAGCAUGACAAAUUUAUAAUAUUAGGGGGGUUGAGAGAGGUGUUUUCCUCUGAGAUGAUGCUAUUUUAAUUGGGUUACUGAUGGGAAAGUUGCGCUGCACCACAAGGCGCUUAUUGGCAAGUAAAACAUUGGGGUGUGAAAACUACUACGAGAGAACGAUUGGACAACUGACAGUUUGACUAACAAUAAACGACUGUUUAACUUUGACAAUAUACAGAUUGAAACGCACCAAUGACAUUACGAGUCUUCAUAGCCAAUAACAGCACGGCUAAAGUGACUGACAACCAAUAAUAUCCCGACUUAAUUGACCAAUCAGAUCAACAACCAGAGUUUAAUACCCUUAACUGACGUGAUAUAAAUCACUUUGACUCUGAAGAUGACUACCGCACAGGUUGUUAAAACAUCAUUCACUGUCAACAGCAACAGUCCUAUUCAGGACUACGUUCACUCGGAUGAUCACAUUCAACCCACUUAUGAAAUAUGUUGUACCUUAGUAUUGAUGGGUAUGGUAUAAGAAACUUAAACUGCACUGCAAUGGAAGUCACAGAAGCGAAUUUCAGUGCAAGACAAGUUCUUUUUUCCUUUACAUGGCUGGUAAAUUUUUCCAAAAGUUUCACUUUUUUGUUUCAAAAGUGCAGAAUGAGCAGGGAAUUUUUUUAUCUUUUGAAAUCACAAACUUUGUUUUUCCAUGAAAGUAAGUGAGGCAAUUGCAAGUCAAAAUGUACUUCUCAUUGCCGAUGUUUAAAAUUUUACUGUUAUCCACUUCCAUAACUUUACAAAAUGUCUUUUCUUCUUUCAGCUGAUAAUUCUGUUGCUCUUGCCAUUGCAUUUUGUUCAUUUCUCAUCACUGUUCUGUUGAUUUAUGGGGCCAUCACAGUAAGUGUAACACGUUUCUUGAAAUUUCAAUUUAUUGUUCAUAAAAUUAAGCUUUGUUUAUCUUCUUUUCCCAACAGUCCACAGUGGUCACUAUGUUUCCAGAUGUGACAUAAAUGUAUGACCAUAAAUUGGCUUAUUGGGGAGCUUUAAGUGUAGUCUGUUUGGUGGAGUAGAAAAAUGAGUAAUUUAUGCAAACUAGUGUUCUACCUUUUAAUUGUUGCAGUAAGUUGUUAUAUUAAGGAAGCUUUGCCUUUUUGUUUUCAGCGGCAACCAAGUUAUCUUCUGCCAUUCUUCUGUCUACAAGUCUUUGAUUUUUGUGUUAAUCUCCUGGGUGCUGUUGGAGCAAUCAGUUAUAUUCCAGAGCUGAAGCUCAUGCUAAAGAACAACGUAAGUUGCAUAAUUCUGCCAUUUCAGUUUUGGCCACCUGCUAGAUAUUAAAGAGCAAGUCAUGUUAUUUUCCAGCCAAACUUUCCUCUUGGUGAAGCUGUUGACAAAAUGGACAUGAGAACUCUGAUGAUGACUGUUGUGGUUGUGUCUGUCACCAUUCUGUCAAUCAAAGUAAGUACAAAACUCUUCAUGUAGUCAUUUUAAUCUGGAUGGAACCUACUAUUAACUUACUUUGACAGCUGGCAAAACACUUGGUCAAAGACCCACCUUGUAUAGACUUAGAAAAGACUACAAAAGAUUCUGCCCAUCUGUUGAGCUUAAUGUUAAGGAGCUUUUGUGUGGUCAUUUAACAUAAGACUUAGAGUUUUGUGCAUGAAUCUUUCAUUGCUAAACAUGGCAAUUCCUUUCUUGUCGUUAAUUUUGGCUGAUCAUUUUUGUCUGGGGCUGGUGCAGUAGUCUAAUUUUCUGGGUCUUGCAGAUAGUAUGCCCACAUGCUAAAGACACAAAAUAAUAAAAUAUCCAUCCAUGUAUUUUUAUAUGUAGUAACAAAUAGAGCAUUUUAAAAUGCAACGAGAGUGUUAUCAAUUAGGAAAAUACUUAAGUAUGGGAUUGAUGAAUCAUGGUUAAAAGGAUUGAUAAAGGUUCAACUGCUCAGACUUUCUUGAUAGUGAUGUGGAACAACUUGCUUAUUCUGCUGGACAAGGGACUUCUUUUUUUCACUUGCCUAGAGGUGAAUUUUGACAAAAACAGGGCUGUCAUUAAGAGCUGGGGGCCGGGGAUUUUCCCCGUCUACUAUCAAUGUGGUCCCUGGCUACUUUCAUCGGAAAUAGAAGAAAAAUAGAACCAAAAGAAAUCCGUAGCUGUUUGAUUCUCCGCCUACUUGUUGGCAACUUGAAAUCUUAGUGACAACCCUUCAAAAAUAUUUUUUAAUGCUAAUUUUAUGUUAAAGAAGACUGUUAAAAUGCCUCGACAUCAAUAAAUGACAGAUAAUAUUUUUCCGUGGCAUUCACUCCAAUCUUUGUCAUUUGUUAUAACGUUUUUUCUAGGCUUAUUUCAUUGGUUGUGUGUGGUCAUGCUACAAGAUUCUGGUCAACUACCGUGUUAAACAGGCCACUAGUGCAUUCCUGUUCCAUGUUCAUUCAGAUGAAAAUGAGGUAUUGUUUUUGUCACUUUUAUAGUGGUUGCCUGUGUGUGCAGGAGGUUUUAGUGAUCCAGCUUAUUAUGAAUCCAUUUGUAUGAAAAUGUUUUGUUAAUGGCUGUUCAGUGAGGAUUUUGUAGUUGAAGCUUAUGUUGACAACCAGGGGGCCAUUCAGUAAAACGUUUACAUGAAUGUGAAAUGUGGAGUGCCCAGCCAUAUACAAACAACGGAAAAGAAAAAUCUAAACCAAGGAUUGAGCCAUAAAACAUAAUGUAAAGUAUUGAAUCUUGUGAAGUGCUCAGUUGUAUAUUGUUUUACUUGUUUUUAAGUUUGUGUGACAAGGUUCAAUAUUUAUUUUUUUCUCAGACCCAGAACCUGUUACCAAACUAUGAGGAUGCAGUGAAGGACACCCCCCAUGAAUCACCACCACCUUACACUUCAAACUAA